UCGUGCAGUCCACCAAACUUGACAGUUCCUGUUAUCCUCCUCCAGAGCGCGUGCACGCACAGUUCCCGCCUCUCCUUUCCCGCUCGAGCACGUUCUCCCUGUCAAUCAUCCCAGCCGUGCGGAAUUAUUGACAUCAGGUUUGUGUGCGUUCACGCAGCUCUGGUGAUGUAGGAGGAGAAGCUAUCAAAAGUGCUAUAAUCCAUUUUUAAAGGCAACGGCCUUUUUCCUCCCCUCAGAAUUGUUUUACGUUUUUGUGACUCGGGGCAGUCAACAAAUACGGGAAAAUAUUUGAACAUGAACUAUUUUUCCAACGCAUUAUUCGUCGUAAAGCAGUGACGUCUCAUCGCGAGACCCCGAUCGGGCUGCGAUUACUCCUUCGCCGAGGAGGAAUCAUUCGGUCUCCGUUGGAAACGGAUAGACGAGGAAAAGUGGAUGUCGCGACUGCGCGACCUGUCCCGUUUUCUCCGGGACCCGUGUUGGUGGUGAGCUGCAGCGGUGCCGCUGUGGGAGUGUCGCGCACGCACGCGAGGAUAGUUUGCCCUGGAUUUUUCAAUCAUUUGCCGGACCUCCUCCUCACCGACGCUAUACUCCCUUCCUCAUCCUCGUCCGCCCCCCUCUGUUUUUCUUUUUCUCACAGCUCCGUGAUUUGUCGCGGUCCGUACGCGGGGUAGAGGCUCGCGUCCACCGCGACGCAACCGAAAGUAGCGCGCCGCGAGGCCCCCGGCCCCCUCCCCCACUCGAGCCCCCCUCAGAUCGUCUCCUUACCUUCCUCUCAUUUUUGUCCUCCUCAAUAUUUUUCUCGGAGGAGGAGGAGGAUAAGGGGAUCUUUUCGUGUAACCCCUCUUUUUUGUCAACGAACAAAGUGAUAUUUAAUUAUUUUUCUCGGGAUUUUUGAAGCCCCCGACGAGGCCGGGCUGUGCUCAGAAAAGCAGCGGGGAUGACUUUGGAGUCAAUGAUGGCCUGCUGUCUUAGCGAAGAGGCCAAGGAGUCGAAACGAAUCAACGCGGAGAUCGAUAAGCAGCUUCGCCGGGAUAAGCGCGACGCCAGGCGGGAGCUAAAGCUGCUUCUGCUCGGCACGGGUGAAAGCGGCAAGAGCACGUUCAUCAAACAGAUGCGCAUCAUCCAUGGCACGGGUUACACGGACGAGGACAAGCGCGGCUUCACCAAGCUGGUGUAUCAGAACAUCUUCACGUCCAUGCAGGCUAUGAUCCGGGCCACAGAGACCCUGAAGAUCGGCUUCAAGUACGAGCAGAACAAGGCGAACGCUAUGCUGGUAAAGGAGGUGGACAUUGAAAAGGUGGCAUCGUUUGACCAUCCCUACAUCAACGCCAUAAAGAUGCUGUGGUCAGAUCCGGGCAUUCAAGAGGCAUACGACAGACGCAGAGAGUACCAGCUGUCAGACUCCACAAAAUACUAUCUAUCUGACCUGGAUCGUAUCGCUGAACCCUCCUACCUUCCCACCCAGCAGGAUGUUCUGAGGGUUCGAAUCCCGACCACAGGGAUUAUUGAAUACCCAUUCGACCUUCAAAGUAUCAUUUUCAGAAUGGUUGAUGUCGGGGGUCAGAGGUCAGAGCGCAGGAAGUGGAUACACUGUUUUGAGAAUGUGACGUCCAUCAUGUUUCUGGUGGCUUUGAGCGAGUAUGAUCAGGUUCUGGUGGAGUCGGACAACGAGAAUCGUAUGGAGGAGAGCAAGGCUUUGUUCAGGACGAUAAUCACAUAUCCAUGGUUUCAAAACUCCUCCGUCAUCCUCUUCCUCAACAAGAAGGACCUGCUAGAGGAGAAGAUCUCUUACUCACACCUGGUCGACUACUUCCCUGAGUUUGAUGGGCCCCAAAGGGAUGCCCAAGCCGCACGAGAGUUCAUCUUGAAGAUGUUUGUGGAUCUGAACCCCGACAGCGACAAGAUCAUCUACUCGCACUUCACCUGCGCGACAGACACGGAGAACAUCCGCUUUGUGUUCGCGGCGGUGAAGGACACCAUCCUGCAGCUGAACCUGAAGGAGUACAACCUGGUGUGAGACGUCCAGCGGGUCCAACGCCCCUCACAUCAGUCAGCACAGAACAGGCACCCGCAGAGCGUGCGCACACUGACGUCCACAUUCGACACGCACACACAAAUCAUACACACUAUCUGCAACACACCUUCGACUUUUUUCCUUUUCCAGCUUCCCAUUGUUUUUUUUGCCAAAGUCUGUCCGCUUCCCAGCGGCUCGAGUCAAAGGCCUCUUCCCCUUUUAUCAAAUUUGACCAUCAAAUUUGACAAAGGGCGUUAGAUACCGACUUUCAUGCGUUUCAAACAAACGUUGGAUUAGCAGAGUUGUGAUGAGCUUGCGGACGGAGCGAUCCGCGAUAAGCCGGCCUGAAAACUGGAAGUGACUUUUUCCUUCCUCUUCUGCAUCGUUCGCUCCGAUCACGUCAUCUGUUCCGAGUGUUUCUCGCCUGGAUGAAUGAAAAAUGUGGUUUUCACGGCCCUGCAAAAAAAAAAUCACGACAUAUUUACAUACUUGUACAUGGACACAAGGACUAGUGCUGUGGUGCCGGAGAUUCCCAAUCGGAUUCCCAAACCAGGGAUCCAGGGGGUUCCUCUGAUGGUGUGGAGAACUUUUCUCUCGCAGAGAUGAAUAUCUCGAUGAGGCUUGUCUUCGAUGAAUGUAAACUUUAUGUGAGAGCAUUGCAAAUGCAAAAAAACAAAAAGAUAAAAAAGAUAAUGAACGAAAAUAGUGUAAGAAUGCAUAUAUAAGCGAAACGAUACAAAGCACGAGAAGGAGAGAUGAAACUAAUUAAAUAAAUCUGUGUAUAUUGCUGAGAUGAUCAUUUUAAAACCUUUUUAAUGAUAAGUAACUAUAGCUACUUCAAAUAUAAAAUAAAUUAUAACAGCAGUCGAAUUAAUGAUGGAUAAGAGACAGUUAAAGAUUCAAUUUCUUUUUUUAUGUGUGCGAAAGAUACGCAUACGAUAAGUUUUGUUCUGCAGAUUUCCACUUUUAAUGUUAAAAUUAUUGCAUCGCUUCUUCCCGCGCGAAUCUUAUUUUAUCUUCCAACUUUCCCGGUUAAACGUUUUACUUUACUACAGCAGUUGUGAUUUAAUAGUUUGGCUGUUUUGAGAGUGUACAUAUUUUGUCUCGCUCGGAUACUUUAGCGAUUCUGAAUCUGGCUUGUAGACUCGCAUUGUCCAGCCGCCCAAGUGCACAGUAUUCAUCGUUUACGCAAACAAUACACCACAGUUAGUUUUGGUCGAAGUAUUUCAAACACGGCAACCCGAGUUCCAGUGGUUUUGUGCGAGGAAUGGGGGGUCAGGUUAUCAUUUAUGCGCUGAAGUGUAUAUUUAUAUUUGUAAAUACGUAUACACAUUAUUGCUUAUGUACAAACGUCUGUGGUACACUAUCUUUGGCAAAAAAUCACUUUGGUAAUUGUGUACGGUUUGUUGGUUUUCAGAUGAAUUACGAUAUUAUUGAUACUGUGAUUCUUCUGGUUUUCAUUUCUCACUAUGAAUACAGUAACAUAGCAGUAAUGUGUGGAGGACAAAAAAACGACACGUAUGGUUACGAGCAAUAGUCUUGAGAAAACGGGAAAAUAAAUAUUUUGUAAUUUUUCCCAGAUGAGAAACGGCACCCUCUACAGUGUGAAUGUUAUAUGAGAUAAAAAAUAGGUUUAAGCAAAAGAUAAGAUUUUAUUUAUAUAAUUUAUGGACCAGUUGUUGAUAAUUGUUUCCUCUUUCUUUCUUUUUUUUUAAAGCACUCCCAAGUUAGAGACAGAAAUAGGAGACUAGUGUCGAUACUGCUGUAUAAACUUCCGUUUGAUACAAUUAUUCACUUAUUUUUAUUCGUUUUUCUCCUACCAUAAUUGUUGCCAUUAAGUUUCCACGCAACCACACUUUUCACUUUCCAAGAUUUGUUUUUUUUUUAUCAAAUUUCCAAAUGAUGUGUAGGUGCAGUGCUUUAAAGGAACAUAGGAAAUGUACCAUAUGAAAAUAGACGCUUUUUAUCUGUGAUUGGAGAUCUGUUUGCAAGUAUUAUUGACUACUUUUUUUGGUUUACUUAUAAAGUCAUGGCCUGCUUCCUUCAUUGUGUAUGUGUUGCACAGAUACACAGUCAAUAUUUUAUACAGGUGAUGGUUCAUUCAUUUUCAUCAAGGGCUAAGAUAAAUUGUCAAAAACCAGAGAGCGGGCAGACAAAAAUAGUUUAAAGUCCGAGAAUUUGCAAGUGAUCAUUUUAACCAGAAUUGUACCCAUGCCAAAUUCUCGUUUAUUUAUAAUUUCUUUCACUGUAUUAAGUCAUCAAGUAUUGCCACGGUCAUCAACCUCUUUUAUUUUAAGAAGCACAAGUUUUAUCCGAUUGUUAACGUAUUCUUUGUAAGCUAAACCCAUGUAAGUCAGUGUUUCAGUCACAGUAUUUGUAAUUUCGUAGCGACUUAGAUUUAACUGGUGACACAAAUCCAUUUGUGCCCAUUAAACACUAAAUAAGCUUUAAACACACGAUAUUGGAGAUGUUUCUCUUAGACACCAUAGUGUUAGCUGUGGUUGUGUAUUGUUCAUUUGACAUGCUGUAUGUCUCUGAAUGAAGCUUAGUGUACUGCGACUGUUGAGAUUGUGGAUCAAAACGACCCUUUGCUCUUGUAUUUAGUCAGUAAUAACAUGAAACCUUGUUAAAGGUUCCUUCAUUGUAUCUGAGAUUUUGAAAACCAUCAAAUGAUGCGUCACUUGUUCAGUGGGGCUUUGUUUGACUUUUUUACGCACUUUUUUGCUUUUUCGUGCCAUGGGGAAAAUGCGUUUCCGUUUGAGCUACACAUAUCCGGUCACUGUCUUCAACACGAAGUGUGUUUCCUAAACGUGCCAGUUUAAAAAAAAUCUUGCAUUGCUGUUCCUUCUACCUCUGUGAACAGCAUAAUGUUUUUGGGGGGCAUUUCAGGAUCGUAGUCACAUGACAAGCACACUUAUUUUGGUUGACACUGUAGAUUGGCCAACACCACCGUUUUCCAAUAUUUUACUAUGUUCUUACCUCAACUUAGAUGAAUUAAUACAUCUCUAUCUUUUUUCAAUGCGUGCACAUAAUCUUUGUACAGCGCGUCGUGAAUGUGUUAGCAUUUAGCCUAGCCCCAUUCAUUCCUUAGGAUCCAAACAGGGAUGAAUUAAGAAGCCACCAAACACUUCCAUGUUUUCUCUAUUUAAAGACUCUUACACGAGUAAGUAUGGUGGCACAAAAUAAAACGUGGCGAUUUUUAAUAAUGAGAACUAUAUUGUAUGGCGGAUGAGCACUUAGUUAGCACUUCAACCUCGGCGCGCAGCAGCAUCAUCGUCACUCCUGACCGAGGUCGAAGUGCUGCAAACUAAGCGUAACUCAACAGUCUUUAAAUAGGGAAAACAUGGAAGUGUUUGGUGGCUUCUAAAUUCAUCCCCGUUUGGAUCCUAAGGAAUGAAUGGGGCUAGGCUAAAUGCUAACAUAUUCAAAACACGCUGUACAAAAAUUAAGUGCACGCAUUGAAAAAAGAUAGAUAUGCAUUCAUUCGCCUAGUUGAGGUAAGAACAUAGUCAAAUAUUGAAAAACUGUGGUGUUUUCCUUUAACAGAACAGAUUAAUUGGAUCUUGCCAACAGCAAGCGUAUGCUUUUGUGUUGUAUCAUACACUAAACACGGCAAAAAUACAUAUUUAAGCCUGAUCAUUGGAUUUCUCUGUGACUAAAAAUGAUGGUGGUCAGGCUAUUGUAAGGAAACUUUAUUGGUCUUUCUGCUGACCAACUAGCUGGUUAUGAUGACGGAUAGAAACACAAGCACAGCAUAGGCAAGACAGGCUCCAACAAUGCUCCUCGUGUUGAUUUUAAUACAAAUCUGUUGCUCGAUUACAGCCGAACAUCAGUUGUUAUGCAUGCGUGCUGGUAUGGAGCUGAUGGUGGUGGCGAAUGGUUGAGAUUCUGACCCAAAUGAAAGCCUUUGCUUUUAAUCCUGUUUUUAUUAUGAUACAUUGAAAAGCGUUAUGUCCAGGACCACUUCUUUACCACAUUUGGGAUGUUUUCUCCUCUCUUUUGACCCUUUUAUUUUGUAAUUAUGCCAGAUGUAAAUGUUGUAUGAUAUUGUGCGUGCCAAUCCGCUUUCUCUGAGAUGGACUCAUACCAAGUGCCAAUUGUCGUCCAAAUCACAUGCGGGAUCGGAAAAUAGACACGGUCCCCGUAUUAAAUGAAUAAAACACUAAAUAUAAGAGUGAACAGUUUUACUUUGUAUUUAAGUUAGAAGAUAAACUGCUGUUUUCUCUCUUUUUUUUUAAGGAAAUGUAAUUAUUAAAGCAUGUGCUCUUUUUGUCCAGGUGGGAGUUUAGGUUCAGACGAUUACAUUGAGAUCCUCCGGAUGAGGACAUUUAUUUACAGCAUUCUCGCCAUGUUUUUGUUGUUUUUAUUUGUAUUCGUUUCAUUUCAACCACUGUUGCCUGAACCUCAUACAAACAUGGAAAUGAUUUUCAUAACCGCCUUCUAAGAAACACAAAUGAUAAAGUAUCUGUUUUAAAUUGAAAUAAAUUUGUUCCUAUACUUGC